UUAGUACAUCGCUCUGCGGUCGCAUUCUUUUCAGCUGUCUUCCAACACACGAAAUCAAGCAUCAUGGCAGCUUUCCUCAACAAGAAAUUCAAGCUCGUCUCUUCCGAGAAAUUCGACGAAUACAUGCAAGAACUUAAAAUUGGUUUCGUGAUGCGUAAACUGGGAAACUCUGCCACCCCCGUUGUUGAAUUGACAUGCGAAGGUGAUGAGUACACCUUCACCACCACCACGAUGCUCAAAACGACAACUAUCAAGUUUAAACUUGGUGAGGAAUUCGAGGAGGAACGAGGUGAUGGAGCCAAAGUCAAAUCCACCAUUACCAUGGAUGGUAACAAGAUGACGCACGUCAUGAAAGGUGAUCCCGAGUCCACCAUUGUCCGGGAAUUCAACGGAGAUGAAUUGAAGGCUGUGUUGACUGUCAAUGACGUCGUUUGCACGCGCAUCUACAAAGCCGAAUAGAAUCUGAUUACUUUUUUCUACUAAUCAAGAUCUUUACUAAUUCCUGUUUAUUUUGCAAUGCAAAACAAUUAUUGAACUUUCUAUCUGUUCCAUACUGGCUCUUAUUUUUGAAUCUCUUCAAGGCUCAAGAUAUGUUUUGCUUUGUUUAUUUUUCAUUUGUUUUGUUACUCAGUUCUAGUAUUUGCUUGAAUAAAAUAGAAAAAAAUAAUUAUUCAAA